CAAUCCUUCUCUCUCCCUCUCUCUCUCUCUCUUCCUGCGUUUCUUCGACAUUCUCGCGCUCCGCGGCUCGCGCGCUUCGCUUAGGGUUUCGGCGGUUUCUCCCUCCUCGCCGGGUGCAGUUUCCGGCCGUCUUCCUCGCUCGCUCGUUGGAACCCCGCGCGGAAUUUUCCGGCGGCGAGUACUCCCCGAGGGGCCCGACGCUCGACGCGGGCGUUUCGUCGUUCGAGGUCCUUGGCUCCCCGUGUUACGUGCGAGACGUGUUCCCCGUCGUUUGCGUGAUUUUGGGAAGGAGCAGAUUCUUACACCUGAGAUUUGGAAGCGAUUCACUCCAUCCUUCUGAUGUACUUCUCCAUGCUGAUGCUUAAUCUUUUGCUAUAAAUGUUGUUUGGCUUUAGAGAUGAGAAGUUCUCAGGAAGCCUAUGCUUAAUGGACUGCUCACCCAACAGCAGCAGCGAUAAGAAGACUCUGAAGCGGUGGUUCUUUAUAGACAAAAGGGUUGGGUAAAGAAAACAGGGUUACAGGUGCCUAGAUCUCCAUUCUGACCAAGUGGCUGUUUAAAGAAUUCGUUUUGGUUUAGAGUAUAUAUAUAUACCGUAGCAAGAAAUCUGGAUCCAAUGGAAAUGAAGCCUAAUCAUGCUUCUCCUGUUCUUACCGAUCCUGCUCCUGUUACCAAGUCAAGGCUUGGCAUCCGCUCCAGCUUGUUGCCACAGCAUGGAGCACCUUUUUCCUCGAGCAGGCACAUAAUGAUUCCGAGGAGAAAGCCUGGAAUACUAGAUGAUGUCCGUUCCAAUGGCUGGCUCGAUGCCAUGAAAGCAUCCUCUCCCCCUCGCAAAAAGCUUGUCAGGGAUUUCACUUUUGAAGCUGCUGCAGAUGACUCCGAUGCUGCUUAUGUGUCCUGGAUGCUUAAGCAUCCAUCAGCUCUCAAUUCUUUUGAGCAAAUAAUUGAGCAGGCUAAGAACAAGAAGAUAGCAAUGUUUCUGGACUAUGAUGGUGUUCUGUCACCAAUUGUUGAUGACCCAGAUUGUGCACUAAUGUCUGAUGAUAUGCGUGUAGCUGUAAAGAAUGUUGCAGAUCACUUUCCUACUGCAAUUAUCAGUGGAAGGAGUCGUGACAAGGUUUACGAUUUGGUAGGACUAACUGAACUUUACUAUGCUGGUAGUCAUGGAAUGGACAUUAUGGGCCCUGUCAACAGCAGUGUGUCCAAUGACCACCCGAGCUGUGUUAAAUCAACUGACCAACAGGGCAAGGAGGUAAAUCUCUUCCAGCCCGCUAGAGAAUUUUUACCCGUGAUUGAUGAGGUUUUUAGAACCCUUGUCGAGAACACAAAGGGUAUCAAAGGCGCAAAAGUUGAGAAUCACAAGUUUUGUGCCUCUGUACAUUAUCGUAAUGUAGAUGAAAAGAAUUGGCCAGUUAUUGCUCAGUGUGUUCAUGAUAUUUUGAAAGAGUAUCCCCGUUUGCGGUUAACACAUGGACGGAAGGUUUUAGAGGUCCGUCCAGUGAUUGACUGGAACAAGGGAAAGGCAGUUGAGUUUUUGCUUGAUUCUCUUGGGCUGAGUGACACUGAAGAUGUGCUUCCGAUCUACAUUGGGGACGACAAGACAGAUGAAGAUGCAUUUAAGGUGCUGCGAGAAGGGAAUUUUGGUUUUGGUAUUCUAGUAUCUUCAACACCUAAGGAAACUAGUGCUGUUUACUCACUCAAGGAUCCAUCAGAGGUCAUGGAAUUUUUGAAGUCCCUGGGUAAUUGGAAGAAGACCGAAGAAGCGGGGAAAUGAUUGAGAAUCAAAGGCACCUCAACAAGUAUACUGCAGAAAGCCAGAUCAGAUCAAGGCUCUUGUGUUGUUGUUUUUUUUUUUUUUUUUUUUUUUCUGCUUACAAUAAAGCGAGGCCUUCUGCUUGCGAUUUUUCUCUUCUGGGCAACCUAGUGGUAAUUAUUUUUUCGUCUGAAGGUUUUCCCAUUGCUCUGCACGUGUUCCAUUGGCCGAGCGGAUGGUCAGUUCAUUUCUUAGUCUAGUCAAGUACUAAUUAUCGAGACAGACGAUGCCGAGGGAAUCGCAUGUGGAUGGUCGUGGUUUUUACUAGUUCAUAGCUGUGUAUUCCUGUCUUUGAAGGGGUCAGUCUGUUCUUUUGAGUCUCUCCUGAGUUCUGUGAUUAUGUAAAGAGCAACGGAUGAUCGUAAUUUAAUUCAGAAAGAAAAGCUGUACUUUUUAAGCGA